AAACAGUGUUCGGACUGCAGGCGGCAUAUUGAGCCUCUUCUGGUCGGUUUGCAUUUAAUAAAUCCGGCGUAAGAUAAUUUGGUAAAGGUGUCUGCCUGCUGUUUUGGGUGUAUUAUUAACAUUUUGCCGCAUAAACUUUCUAGAUACUUUGUGUUUAGUGUUAGCUAGCCAUAGCAUCGCGGCUACACAGUGAACCAGGGAAAUGGAGGACUACAACAGGCCGUCGUCUUAUCUCGAUGAUCCCCCGAACAGUCGCCUGUUUCUGGUCACUAGUAAAUCCAUCACCGAGGACAUUAUUCGGGAGCGAUUUUCCCCCUUCGGUGAAGUCCAAGACAUUUGGGUGGUUAAAGACAAGCAGACGAAAGAGUCAAAAGGAGUGUCUUUUGUGAAAUUUGCCAAAUCCUCCCAGGCGUGUACCGCUAUGGAGGAGAUGCACGGCAAAUGUCUGGCUGAAGGAACCAAACCCAUCAAGGUGUUCAUCGCCCAGUCCAGAUCUUCUGGCAGUCACAGAGACGUAGAGGAUGAGGAACUGACCCGAAUCUUCGUCAUGAUUCCCAAAACAUUCACUGAAGAUGACCUCAAAGAGACUUUCAAAAUCUACGGAGAUAUAGAAUAUGCCAUUGUCAUAAAAAAUAAAUCUACAGGGGAGAGUAAGGGUUUGGGCUACGUCAGAUAUCACAAACCCUCUCAGGCUGCCAAGGCUAUAGAGAACUGUGACAAAACAUUUAGAGCCAUUCUUGCUGAACCGAGGACGAAAAACACAGCAUCAGACAAUGAAUAUUUCGGCAACCAAAGAUCAGAUCACGCAGGAAAUGAGCCGGGCUUAAGUGCUUACUCAUUUGGUGCAGAGUCUGGUAGUUACCCUGCUGGAGAAGGAUGGAGCUCUGACUUGAUAACUAGGUGCCUGAUGGUGUCAUCACGUGCACCCAUUGCUCAGGAGCAGAUUUAUAGCCUGUUUGAUCUGAUCCCAGGAAUGGAGUACUGUGAAAUGCAGAGAGACCAAUAUGGGUUCAGUAAAGGCCAGGCUAUGAUUCGUUACAGUAAUCUGGGUUCAGCUGUGUAUGCUAAAGAUAAACUGAAUGGCUUCGAGUAUCCACCCGGAAACAGACUUUCUGUGACUUUUAUUGAUGACGGAGAGGACAGGACCAGCCCAGUGGGGAAGAUGGCCAUGCAGUUGGUUGCAGCCCAGAUGAUGUCUAUGGUGUGGAACGGCCCUGCUGGAGCACAGCUAAUGAAGACCACUGCAGGUUACGCAGCACCAUCAAUGCCCCAGAAGCCUCGUGUUCAGACAGACGUGGUUCUCCCCUCUCAUAAGAAGCUGGCUUCUCCUGACAGUGUGGUCAAGGAGAGGCUUUUUGUUAUCUUUAACCCCUCACCACUGCCAGUAGACAUUCUGGAAGAUGUUUUUUGUCGUUUUGGCUCUUUAGUGGAGGUCUACCUGGUGCCAGGCCGAAACGUCGGCUACAUCAAGUAUGCUGACCGAAAGCAUGCGAAUGACGCCAUGUCAACACUUCAUGGCAAAGUGGUAAAUGGCGUGAAAAUGAAGGUCAUGCUCGCUGAUCCACCUAAAGAGGAGUCUCACAAGAGGCAGAGAACUUACUGAUUUGGCUCCUAAACUGGCUAAGGUCAGAGAAGCAGUCUAUCUCAAUUUUGUGCUAAUGAUAUUCAUCUUCACUUAUUUUUAGUUAUUGAAUAUAAAACGAAAUUGGGUACAUGUUGUACUUUUUAAUAAAAAAACAAGGGUUAUCAUGCUUGUGAUUCCAUAGUCUUAUAAUUCAACAGUUUUCUCUAUGACGUUUACCUAUUUCUUCUUCUAUUCUGUGCUUUGUUUCGCAUCUCUGGAAUCUAUUUUUCUGUACAUAACAUACACAGAAAAAAAAUAAAAUAAAUAAGGACUCAAAAGUCAAAGUGAUGUCCUCAAACCUUUGCAGACCCUUAAGGGACAAUUCAGCUUAAUGAGUGAAGCCUGCCAAACACAAAUGCAUGCGUGCGCGCACACGCACGCGCAGAGAGAGAGGAAGCAGAUCUCACAGCAGGGUGUUCUUGUAUAACUGGUUGUGCUGUCUUUGUUCCUACAGAGUUUAAGUGACAUGACGCAUGACCUCGACAUGACUGGACGGAUUUUUACGAUGACACGACCUCAUAGCUACAGACAGUGACUACUGUAAUUAUAUUGUGAUGCUGUUUGUGAUGUUUUGCUAUGAAGAUGAUCACAAUGUCUCCUUUAGUCAUGUGUUUUUUUCCGUAUAUAUGAUUUGUGAAAUACACCUCUAACUGGUGUAAACGUCUGAAGACUCAGAACACAAAGUUUAAGUUGACGGAACGCACACAGACACCAGACAAUUAUUUACUGUCUACAGGUUUUUUGUUCCAUGUAAAUGGUCUUAUUGCUAAUAAAAAUCCAUCUGAA